AUGGGUGAGGGCAGCAAGACAACUGAGCUGCUCACUUCCACUAUGGGAGUAAAGAGAAAGAGGAGUAAUUUCAGUGAGGAAGAGAUGCUGAUGAUGACUAACAUGACUAAUGCUGUCAAUAAUGUAGCCUCUGCACUCAGAGAGACUGGGCCUGCACAUGUGGAUCCUGACCUCUAUCUUACAGUGAGGGAGAUGCCUGGCUUCACCACGGAAGCUCUCAUUGUUUCCUACACCUACCUGCUAAAAAACAAGGCCCUUGGCAAGGGCUUUGUGAACGUGGCAAUCAACCAUAGGGACAUUUGGCUAAGGAACUACCUUGCCAAGAACUACUAUAUGUAG